AUGGAUGACAUUGAUGCAGCAUUCGAUGACGCCUUUCGCACGCACCGCAUCGAGGCGGGAGACGAUCCAAGCACGCUACCCAAUCCGUAUGCUCGACCUGCGCUCGGCGGUCCUUCUUCCACCACUGCAGCCGGCUCGAACUCGACGGACACAGACGGCGGUUUCAUCGCCGACGACUCUGACGCCGGCGGCGGAGGCUUCAUUGUAGACGAUGACGAUCGAGGAGGAGGCGGCUUCAUUCCCGACGACGACAACUCCGCAGCUGGCGGAGGGUUCGUGCCCGAAGACGAAGACGAAGCAUCGCGAUCCCAGCCUUCCGACAUCACAAGACCAGCCACCAUCCCACUCAGCGCGAUCCCCGAAGCGCUCGCAAAUCUCGGUCUCGAUUCUUCCGACCCGUCCGUGCUAAGCUUGUUCGCAGAGACGGCCUACGCUCCCUCCUCGUCGCGGCGGCGGCUCGCGCCCGGCGUGAAGGUGGAGAAGGUGGUCGGAAGACAGCAGUUUCAGCAAGUCGCUUCGAUACUUGUCGAAGAGGCGCAGACGCAAAGCUCAAGCAAAGGAAAGAAGCGGAAGCCCCGCAAUGAGGACGAGGAGAGAGCUUCGAGCAGUCGUCGGCCGACACGGCGGGCCGCUGUGACGGGGCGCCAGAAGGCGGCUGACAUCAUUGGCGAGGAGGACGGCGGAGGUGGAUUCGUCGUGGACGCGGAUGACUCGGAGGAUGACUUUGAAGCUUCUAGCUCGCGGCGACGUCGAAGGACGGGUGCUGCUCUGGAUACAGGCUCGGAUCUAUCCAGCGAGCCGGAGGACGAUGUUGAUCUCAGCUCAUCCCGCCGCAGGCGUCGACCUGGGAGAGCCGCCCAACCCUCCCCCUCCCCAUCACCCUCCCCUUCCGCCGAAGAAGACACACCAAAGCGUCAACGUCGCGCACGCAAAUCACCUACAGCACCGAGCAUCCGCAGCACCACCCACCUCAAUCCCCUGCAGCGCUCCAACGCUAGCACCCUCUUCACUCUCCUACUCGAUCGCCUUCCACCCUCCACCUUCCCCGCCACCCAACGUCGGAUAGGCACGACCGAACUCACCACCAUCCUCGCAAGUCUCGGCGAGACCCUACCCGCCAAAGAGAUCGAAGAGAUGGUCGAGGAGGCGGCGAAGCUCUUUGCCCCCGCGAGCGACGACGGUACGGGCGAGAGAAAGAGCGCUCAGGCGGUCAAGGGUGCGGCUGCUGCCCAAGGGAUUGGGGGCGCCAGCGUGGGACUGGACGAAUUUGCAGGUGUGCUCGUCCACAAUCGACUUUUGUAG